UAAAUUCAGCAAUAUAACCUCGUAUUCUUUCCAAGCGCCUCUGCAAGUGUAAUCCAAUCUGUUCCGUCUGUAGCCAUAUUUGUUGUAAACAACAUCUUGUGCGGCAAUAUUGUACAUAUUUAAAUAACUAAUUAUCAAUUUCUUCAGGUAUUGGCUGCAAAUUACAAUGGAAUCCGUUGUGAAUUUUUGUAUUUUCUAAAAAGUUAAAUUAGUAAGAAGACAUUUCAUUUGCUACAACUGUUGUUAGUAAACAUAGAAUGAUGUCUCGGUCAGUAAGAGCAGAAACUAGAAGCCGUGCCAAAGAUGAUAUUAAACGUGUUAUGCAAGUGGUUGAUAAAGUCAGACAUUGGGAGAAAAAGUGGGUGACAAUUGGUGAAACCACUAUGAAAAUUUACAAGUGGGUGCCAGUUAUCAGCAACGAGCAGAAGAAAAAGUCAAAAGACCAUUCGAACAAAGAGAAUACAAACAUCAUGAAAAGAUCAGCAAUCGAUUCGUCCAACUCCAAUUUUGGACUUGCUGAAGAUUCAAACACCUGUUUUUCAAUGGUGAGCGACUCUCAGGGCCCUACAGACUUCUCGGCUCAGCUGGGCUUCUCAGAAGAUUCCAACUCUCAAGGCAGUGAACCCACGCCUAAGCGACUCAAGACCUCCGACUAAGUCAUGCCCUUGUUGUUUGUAAAUAACCCCUUUACCCAACGUCCAAUCUCAUAAAUUAGCAAGCUGUACUGUUCAACAGUGCAGCUUAUCGGUGUUCCGAAACUCAUCUAAAAAUGUUCUAAGCAUGUGGUAGUUGAAUCUCUUCACCAGAAACGUCUUGUGUUCAUGCAGUAGGUGGUUGCUGCAAACGUCUUCAUUCCAUUGUAAAGGUUUAGUUUGUAUAAAAUUUGAGUUUGUACCGAAAGUUAGCAUUACAAGUAGUAGCUGAUUUACGGUAAAAGAAGAAUUGCAUAUACGAGUUUAAGUUCAAACAUUGUUUUUGAUCGAUUAUCUUAUUUAAUAUUGACUCAUUUCUGACUGGGAACAUUCAUUUUAAUGAACAGAUUCAGUUAUAAGAUUCUAAGAAAUUUAUAUUUCCAAAACUUUACACUGUUAUGUCAGUGUGGAUUAGCACCAUGUUGUUUCUCCUACUCACUUUAAUUCACACAAAACUCUAGUUUCACUGCUCAUAACUCAUGGCAUCAUCGUGCAUAUUGUGUUUCUAUUUCAUUCAAUUUUCAGCCUGAUUCAAAAAUUGAAAAUAAUUUUACGAAAAUGAAUGAGGUUUUGAUGACUGUUGUUAUAAUAUUGUAAUACAGAUGCUUCUCAAAUAAAUAAAAACUGCAUCCUUGAAAAAUAAUUAAAAGUCACCAAUAUAUUAGAACUUACAAACCGAAUUUUAUUGGACAAAGUGUAUUAGUUGCUUUUGUACUUAUUUUAGUUUUAUUUUGUUGGCAGCAACUAUAAAAGAAUAUCAAUUAUGAUAUAGAAGAAUCGAAUAGUUGAUAAAGAAAAUUAAUUAUUUUAUUGGUUUUUGAAGCAUCUAAUGAGUUCAUGUAAUUAAAUCAGUCUGUUAGAAGCCUUGCGUAUACCGAUACGGGUGAUUUUAAGCCGAUUUUAGAAUCAAAAUCGUUCUGCUCCAGCUUUACAGCUCUCUUUUCAUGUCGGUGUGCGCGAAGAUUUAACAGAUUUAUUGAAUAUGUUUGCUAUAAUUUCACACUUAUAUAGUUCGAGAGAUAUUUCUUUUAACAUGAAGAGGGGAAACCAUUUUAUCCUUUCACAGUUUGUAGCAUGGACAGAGUAGUGGAGAGGAGUAAGCAUGCUGCGCACAAUUGGAUACCGACACAGAAGUAGAGAGGAAGGAGUUAGGUAGUGGGAGUGAUUAGUGAAGGAAAGAGUAUCGGGCCUCUCUGUCUUUGAUUGAGAGUUGUGUUAUAUCUCUAGUAAUAUCUCUCGGACUAUAAGUAUAGUAUUACGAUUGAUCAAAUAAAUGAUGUACAUUAUUCUUUUUUCAAAAUUUGUUUUUUGUAAACUUUGGAAAUGCUUUCACGUUAAUAAUCGAUUUCUUUGAUUGGUUUGAGAGUCAGGAAUGAGUUGAUGUUCCUUUAUUCAUAUUGAAUAUUAAGAAAAUUCUCGACUUUUUCUAAAAAGAAACGUUUUUUUUGCUUCUAGCUUUUAGUAAUGUUUAAAUCCUUCUAACAAUAAUAAUAAUUGUCGACUGUCAUCUAUCACACUGAUCAGGGUAUAAAGUAGCUCUCAUUGCUAUUUGAAAUGUAAAAAGUCUAUAUUGAUUACGUAAUUAUUGACAUCAGUCAUUAAUUUCCAAACUAAAGAUAUUGAAUUUUAUUAAUGGUCUUUAUUUUAUGUAAUCAAUGACUUGUAUUCUUUAAAGAUGGAAAACGUCAGUUCCCAUGUUAAUUUCAUCUCCUUGAUGCGUUCAGGUUUAAAUGAGAUAUUUAUCCCUUAACUCUUUCUAAUUAGUAAUCAACAAGCUCUACCAAACAAUUUUCUGUUGUAUGCAGAUCUCAUAAUCCUUGACUUAUAGAUUUAUCUAAUAUUUUCAUGAGAAUUGAAAUUGUUGUUGUUCAUGAAUAGUUGAAUUUUAUUUCACUUGAUGUUAAAUGAAUAGUCCUAGAAUUGAUAUCAACUUCUACUUUCAAAAUAUAUAUGUUCUUACAUUAUAACUGUUCUCUCGAAAGAGUAAUAAAUUUUAUGACACUGUCA